UGUCUUGACUAGCAUGAAGAUGAGUUCUGAAGACCGUUCCGUAACAGAGAACAGUUCCCUGAAUCUGGAGCAAGGAGGGCGAGACAAUUCCACCAGCCCUCGGUUUACAACUCAUCGUGAAGGCUCCCUUCAGGUGCCCAUCCCUUGUGCUGUAGUGACCGUGGUCAUCAUCACUAUUUUGAUCAUAACUCUCAUUGCUCUUCAAGUGGGUCAGUACAAUUGUCCGGUACCAUCAAAUAGCCAUGCUUCUUCAUGCUCUGACGAUUGGAUUGGGUACCAGAGAAAAUGCUACUUUAUUUCCACGGAGAAAAAGAACUGGACCUCAGCCCAAAAUGAAUGUUCUAAACAUGGUGCUACACUUGCUUACGUUGAUUCUGAAAAGGACAUGAUGUUUUUGAUGCGAUAUGUGAGUAGGACCAAACAUUGGAUUGGACUGAAAAAAGAAGGCAAUCAGACCUGGAGAUGGGCGAAUGGUAGAGAAUUUCAUAACUGGUUCAGCCUAUCAGGAUCUGAGAACUGUGUGUUUCUCAAUGGCACAGAAGUCAGCAGUACAGAAUGUGAGAAGAGAUUGCACUGGAUAUGUAACAAACCCUCCAGAGAAUGA